ACAACCUUCUUGUCAAGGAUGACACAAUAAAGUUACAGUAACUUAUUUCCAUUGUGGUCCUUGCUUUAAAAGCACAUGAAAGAUUCACUGAGUAAAUCUGACAUGAUUCCACAAUUGUUUAACCUCACGCUGGUUUAUAGAAAAAUUAGUGUCAUUUUAUAACUUGCAGCUUUGGUAUUUUAUAAUCUCAAUGUGUAACCAGUAGCUUAUGUUUAUGAAUCUGUUGCACAAAAUGGUAACUUCCUCCACCGCUACCCACAAAACCGUUUCUCACAGGCCUCGGUCUGCCAUUGCUGCCUUGCAAACUGCACAGUGUGGUUUAUUUGUGAGAAGCAGAACACUUAAUAUAGUACUGAAAGUUUGGUUUGGCACAGUUUUAUAUUGUAGGUCACAGUAAGCAGAGCCCGUAUGCCAGUAACAAUGUUUUCCAUACAGAUGUAGAUCUCUGAGUGAUCAAAAGUGCGACAAAUCAGCGACAGGAAAAUCCCAUAUUGGGACUCGCAUCUCUCCGUAUAGUAUGGAUUUCUAUAACUUUAGGCUGCCUUUGCUCAUUUUGGCUGCUCUUGGAUGCUGUUCCGAGGCCUAUCCGCUUCUCAGCGACAAAACGAACGGUGUUAUCGGUAAAAAUGUGACCUUCAAGACAACAAUCACCUCAACACAGGAUUUUCUAACCGUAACAUGGAAUUUCAACAAAGAUCCAGUAAUUGCACCGAUAAUUACAAGUAUCCUAUUACUGAACACCGAUAACAUUGAUGAGAAAUACGCCAGCAGAAUCGUCUACAAUAACACGACGUGUGAGCUUCAGCUCGGGCCGCUGGUGAAGGAGGAUGAAGGGGAAUAUAUUCUCAAUAUAGUCACUACCAAAGGACAGCAACUGUCCGGACAGAUUGAUCUUGAGGUUCUUGAACCUGUAACUGACGUCAAGAUUUCGUCCAAUCUACCUGAAGCUGUAGAGUUCAACAGCACUGUGGUUCUUUCCUGCUCUGCCAAAGGCUCCUUUACUUACAAGUGGAUGAACGGUUCAGUCCCUUUGGUUGUUGAUGGCACGCGUGUGCGGCUAAACACAGUCGGUGAUGAGCUAACUAUCGCUGAAGUUUGCCGUACAUAUCUGCGAGGACCCAUCCUCUGCAUUGCAGAAAAUGCACUGGAGUCAGGGAGGAGCGCUCCCUUCAAUCUCACUGUGAGCUAUGGCCCAGAGAAAGUCGUCAUGACACAAACUCCAACAGAUUCAUUCCUCAAGAAAGGUUCUAACUUAACCCUUGCAUGCUCAGCCCAGUCUGACCCUCCCGCUCAGUUCCAGUGGAUGUUUAGUGGGGAGGAGAUGCCUCAGAUGACCACGGCCAUUACCCUCCCCAAUGUAGAGGAAAAACACAGUGGGAACUAUAGCUGUGUGGCCUACAAUGCAAAGACCAACCGCUACGUUUCCUCGCAGGUUGCUGUGGUGUCUGUUCUGGGUAAGUCAGAAACCUAAAGUCAUGUACAGAUGCUUUGAAUACAAACGGAAGUUUCAUCAAUUGUACAUUGUUUAUCUAGUACUACUAUUACAGCAGUCUGAGUAAAUGCAAA